AUGCGUCAACUCUCAAGGUUGUUUUUCCGUCUCAAUGCUCCUCUGACUAACGGAUUCUGGAGGGUUUUCUCGGAUAAACCCAGCUUUGGUGAUGAAGGAUUCACGCGCUCCAUAUAUUGUAAACCACAGGUAUUUUUGAAGGUGAUGGAAGUUAACAGAAAUGGACAAACAGUGCAAAUACGAACGGGCUUGAUUGAUCCCAAAACGGAGCCACUUGGUGACCAGUUCACUAAACUUCAUAUAAAAUUGACGUAUAAACAUGACUUAGACAUGAUUCGUGUGAAAGAACGCAACAAACGACGACAAAUGUAUGAAAAUGUUAUUCCCUUACACUUUUCAGUUGAGAGGUGGUUUCAGCGGUACGCAGGUCUCCCUCCUGGUCUACCUAAGCGUUUUGUGGGCGACCUGAAAAUUGAAUCUAUCGACCUUUCUGGAACCAAUGUCGUAUACGAGGGAUUCGAACUCCUUCGUAAGUGGCUCAUUCCAGUUUCUUUUCUCAUGGUUACAACUUUACUGGCUGAUGGACGAUAUGCUAUGCUCAUACAAAGCAGGAUAGUUCACUCUAAAGUUCUUUUUAGAAUCCAGUUGUUGGCCUCUUCAGUAAGACGUAAAUUAAAAAAAUUUUUGAUUUAG